UCCUGCGAGUCUGGAACAGUCUGCACUAAAAUGAUCAUAUCUUGGGCUACAGAACUCCGAAUUAGGAUCCGAUUGAAGGCCCGCGAAGCUGACUUAAAGAGCUACAACUCUCAUGUUUACCUCAAUUGAAGAUUCAGACUUCUUGUGGGACCCGAGAAUGCCUGAUUGUUCAGCAGCUUACUCCUUUAUGUGGGCCCGAUUUUGUGAAGAUUUAGAAAAGAUUUAGAUAACAAAGAUUGUUACUUGAUGAACAAGUUUAUUUAUUAGUAUAAAUAAGUGAGUUUAGGCUUUUGUUAGACCAUUACACCACCUCACCACAUCUCACCAUCACCUCCUCCACCUUCUCCUAAUAUCUUUCUCCAUCUUUUCUAGUAUGAGUUGCUAAACUCCAUAGUUAGUCUUAGGAUUUUUAAUAUUCUUGUGUUUGCAAACUUGAGGUUCUAUUCUUAAUGCAAAUUUCUUCUUUAUUAAUUCUCUUCAUCUCUAUUUCUGAUCUAGGGUUUGCUGAAUUCUAUAGUUUUAGAAAUAAGAGUUGAUGCAUGUUCGCUUAGUUCAUGUUAGUUCGUAACUGUUUCUUAAUCGCUUAGUUUAGGAAACUGUGAAUUGAUUUUCGCUUAGUUAAUCAACUCUCACGAAUUAGGGAAACAAUAAGGAAGAAUUAAUCUUUUGUAACCAAUGAAGGUUUGUUGCACUUGAAUGUUAUAAUCCGAUGACUAACACUUUCUCUUAUCUGAUUUAAAUCUCUUUUAAUUUAUGUUUGCUUACUUUUCAAUCAAAUAAUCGAAACCCCUUUUUAAUUGCUUGUUUUACUCUAAUAUCAAUUAUUACUUCACUGAGUCCUUGUGAGAUCGAUCCUUGUAGUUUAUUUUUUGUUUAUAUCUUCUAUAUCUAUCUCAUAUCUUUUAUCUCAAUCACAUAUCUUUUAAUUCUCUUUCUUAUCUUUUAUUUUUAUAUCACUAUCUCUUUCUUAUUUCUCUAUCUUUUCUCUUUAUUAUUUUAUUUUGCUAUCUUUUCUAUCUUCUUUCCCUUCAUUAUUAUUAUUCUUAUUAUUGUUACUAGAUUUGUUUUUUUUUUUACUAACCUUUUUUUUUCUUUUAUUGUUUCAGGUCCUUUCAAUUUUUUGUUUUUUUUUUCUUUCUUGUUUUAACGUUGAACUCUUUUUUUUUACUAACGUGAUUUUUUUUUGUUUAGUUUAUUUUUCCACUAACGUUUUUGUUUUUUUUUGUUUUUUUUGUUUUUUUUUUGUUGUGGUGAAAAAAAAAAGUUAACGGAAACAAGUGUUGGUUUGUGGAGCUUUUGCAGUGAUGGAAGCUAAACUUGAUAAGCUAGAAGCCAAACUCGACGAGAUACAAUUUUCUGUUACACAAAUGUUGCUCAAGAGCUAUCAACAACAGUUUGAGUCACCUCAAUGUUAUCCACAAGAGAAUUUUGAAAAUAUUUGGUGUGACCCACCUUGCUAUCAUCCACAAGGGCAAUUCCAACAGUCUAUUUAUGCACCACCAUGCUACUACCUGCAAGAGGAAUUUCAAUAUCCUUUUCAUGAUCCACAUCAUUCACAAGAGGAAUUCCAUCAACCUUGGAAUGAUCCACCCCAAUUUUUGGAAGACCUUUCAAAGCAAUAUGAAGCAAACCAAGCCCAGUUUCAACAACCUCGACACGAGGAACCUUCCAUAUUGCAAGAAAUUCAAGACAUGUUGAACCAAAUGUCUGCAAAUCUCAAUGCAAAUGCUAAUCAACACCUGCAAGAUACUGCGAAUUUACAAGCUCCAGUUAACGAGCUAGUUGCACACGCUCCCACAUUGCAACAUGAAGCUGAUGCAGAGAUUGAUGAUGAAGUUAAUCCUUGUGUUGAUACUCAUCUUGAUGCUAGCACUGAUGGUUCUGGUGAUGUUAAUGAGUUUGAAGUUGAUGUUGCUUCUGAUGCUAAUUCUAAUGAUGAGGACAACAAACAAGAAAUAUAUCUCCCUCUUCCACAUAGAACUUAUGAGAGUGAGAAGAUUUAUCCUAGUAAAGAAGAAAAUAAGUUGUUGGAUGAUUUCAAGAAGUGUUUUGCAGGGGAUGAAGUUAAGAAGAUGGAUGUAGAAUGUGAACUUGACUUGAUUCUGACUGAAAUUGUUGUUCAUGUGUAUACAUUGAAGUGA